AUGGGCAAGCAGCAGCAGGCGCCACCGGCGCGGCGGUCCCCGGCGAUGUCGGCGCCUCCGCCGCCGAAGCGCCGGAAGAAGAAGGGCCGCCCGUCCCUCCUCGACCUCCAGAAGCGGAGCCUCCGCCUCGAACAGCAGCUCCAGGAGCAGCAGAAGCAGCCCCAGGGGCGACGCGCCAACCGCCGGGGCGCCGCCUCCGCGGACGAGGACGACGACGGGCCUGCCUCCGGCUCCGGCCGCCGCGAGAAGAAGCUGCGCCUCGUCAUGGGCCUCCACGACGGAUCAGCCAAGGGAGAAAAGACGAGGAAAGCGACGGAUGGGCGUGAAGAGUCGUCAGAUUCCGGUCCCACAACACCUUUGCCUAACAAAAAGUUGUUGCUCUUCAUCCUCGACAGGCUACAGAAGAAGGAUACGUAUGGUGUAUUUUCAGAGCCUGUUGAUCCCGAAGAGCUACCUGACUAUCAUGACAUUAUAAAGCAUCCAAUGGAUUUUUCGACAAUACGAAAGAAGCUCAACAAGGGGGCCUAUUCCAACUUGGAGCAAUUUGAGGAUGAUGUGUUCCUGAUAAGCUCCAACGCGAUGUGCUACAAUUCACCAGAUACAAUAUACUAUCGACAGGCACGAGGUAUUCAAGAGAUUGCUAAAAAGGAUUUUGAGAAUCUUAGGCAAGAUAGUGAUGCCAGUGAACCAGAACCUGAACCAGAACCCGAGCCGGAGCCAGAACCAGAAGAACCAAAACCACAGCCUCGCAGGGGCAGGCCUCCAAACAAGAACAAUGCCAAACAGAAAGUUGGGAAGCCACCAGCAGAACGUGCUACUGCAGACUUUUCUGGUGCAACACUUGCUACUGUGGCAAAUAUUGGACGCCAUGCACAGGCAGAUGUUGAUCUGUCACGAAGAGUAAUGGAUAAAGCGAUGAUUGCAGAUGUGUUGAGAGCUUCUUUUGUCAAUCGAAGGAAUGAACACAACUGGUCUGGCGAGCGGAAAUUCGAAAGAAUUGAAGAUUACUCAGGUUAUGGGGGUACAUGGUCCGCAAAAAUGGGGAAGAGGCCAAUUCUGAUGGAAGAUAGUCGCCGAAGCACAUAUUAUGAGACUCAACCAUCCAGUUCAAUCUAUGAGCUGCCGGUAUCCUCCUCCUACAAUGGGACUAAGAAGCUGCUAGUACCAGUUGGGGUUCAGUUACAGCAGUCCUAUUCCCGCAGCCUGGCACGUUUUGCUGCACAACUUGGUCCUGUUGGCUGGGAAAUUGCAUCAAGACGAAUUGAACGGAGCCUUCCUCCUGGAACAAAGUUUGGUCGUGGCUGGGUAGGAGAUGGUGAAACACUAAGCUCAUUUCAGCCACCCGUACUAGCUGCAUUAGAAACAAUGACACCGCCAAGCAGUAUAGCAGCAUCAGGUGAGCAGCCAUCUAUGAACGGCCCCCCUGCUACAGAGGCCUGUGCUGGCAACAUAAGCCAUCCGGCGGGAUCUCAACCACAUGCUAUGCCAUAUGCUUCUACCAGCACAGCGCAGAGGAUGAAUUCUGAAGCAUUAGCAAGCCAGCAAUGUGGAUCAGUACCACAGAUUUCGAUAAACCGAGGUGAACGUGCAGUUGAGAUGAAGGGCAACCCUAAUAAUCUUCACGGACACCCGGCCAUGCAGCAAACUGUGAAUGGUUUCAAUGCCGUUCCAGUCUGUCGCGGGCUCCAAGCAACGAUGGUGGAUGGCCUUAGGCCACACCCUGCCAGUGGCUUGGCACCCACCAACCUCAACAUUGGGGGUCUGGUCGCUGUUGAUCCGUUGCGCCGCAACCCGGUGCUGCAACUGUGA